UGACGGACCAUACGGCUUUGUCUCCGCUGCGGUCUUCUUCAUUUGUUCAGCGUAUUAGGGUUUUCAGAGUUCCCUGUUUGUUCCGUUCCUUCAACUUAGAGUGUACCAAUCAAUACGACCACCAAUUACACCGUUUUUAAAACCGACAUUUGCCCGUAUCCAACAACGAUUCAGCCGAAGAUCGAAGUUCUUCCGCGUUUCUGCUUCUGUUACGCUUGACUUUUAAUUCUAUGGCUUCUUCCUCGGUAAUCACUCCUGAAGAUGUGUUGGAGUCGCUGAUGAACGACGGCACAAUUGAUGCCCUCAGAUUGAAGAUCAUCAACCAGCUCAAAGCCAAUGAGGAACUGAAGAGUACUACCAUAAAGAUGGCUGAACAGAGCAAGGUUCUGAACACCCCUGGGGCUGAGAAACAGACCAAAAGAGAGCUGUUUGAUGCACUUCGGCAAGAACUUGAAGCUUCUGUACUCGAGAAGGCCUCAAAAUCAGUGUGGGAUUUAAUUUUAGACAAUAAUGGCCUGGGAAAAGAAAUAAGUGAAACGGUGGAAAGAGUGUUUUGUAGAUUGAGUGGCCAGGAGCCUCCAUUAUUUCCGCUUCCAAAUGGAGAACCACAACCUGAUAAGGAGGCUGACAGCAGAAAAGAAAAAGGUAAAGGAAAGCAGAAGGAAAAUGAAAAUGCAAAUUCAAAUACUCCAUCAAAGAAAAGAAGCUUCAGUGAAAUAAAUUUGGAAGGAGCAGAUGAAACUGUGACCAGGUCCUCAGAUCCAGCUGCAGUAUUGGAAGGUUCUGGCAAAUCGCCUCUAUCAAUUUCAAAGACUUGACUAGCAAGUUGGACUAGCUUUUUGCGAAACAAGUGAUCACAUCUGGUAAAUAUAUAAUUGACGCUUUGUUUGUAGGAGUUCACUGCAGUUUAGAAGAAUCUUGCCGCUGAAGUUUUGUGUAGUAUGCAAACAAUCAUUGUUUAUGCUAGACUUACCAUCAAUGAAAUUGAUUUAUGAAAGUUCAC